AUGGAUAAAUUUCGUGUAAAUCCUAAAUUAACAACAAGUAAAUUGAUAUUAACACCAAAACAAAAAGAAGAAUUGUAUCAUUUAUUGGAAUUAAAAGAUCUUACCAGUAAAGAUUAUUUUGAAACAAAAUUUUGGGAUGACUCUGAUGAACAGCAAGAGGAAGCAAAUGAAUUUCUAACUUACCAUGGUUUAAUUCAACCACUUCUUGAAUCUUCCACUAGACGUUGGAAGACAAGAUGGUCCGAUAAGAAUGAUAGGUACGGGAAAAAAAUAUUGUAUCAAUGUGCUUGUGGAACUGAUAAACAAAAUGCUUUUAAUAAAGUUGCUCCCGAUAAACGAAGAAAACUUAGACAAAUCUAUGAAUUUGUUGGUUGUUUGGCUUUUGUUAAGCUUGAGUUUGAUGAAACUAACACCAAAUACAGACGUCUACAUGGUUAUCUAGACCAUUCCGAAGCAUGUCACCGUGGAAUACCAAAAAUUGAAGGUCCAACUUUAACAAUCAAUCCUUUGGUCAAAGCAAUGACUGAAUUAAUGGUCAAGGCAAACUUUUCCAUUAAAGAAAUCAUCUCAAUCAAUCAACAUUUGAUGAAAAAUCAUCUAAGUAGUAGAAUUGACUUGAGAGGUGAACAUUUUCUAAUAACACUAUAUGAUAUUUUGGAUUCUAGACGCUCAUUGUUGAUGUCCACGAAAAGCGAAGCAACUUCUUGGAAGCUAGAUAUAAAUAAAUCCGUAAGCUACAAUUUAAAUCAAAUUUAUGAUGAGAAUUGUUCUAAAGAUUCUGAAAUAUAUGAAUCAACUAUUUACACCACAUCAAAAGAUCAGCGUAAACUUUAUAAUCAAGUGGAAAUGGUAUUAGCAACACACAAACAGUUGGCUUUAGCAAUGGAAUACGGUCAAAAUAAUUAUAUUAUUUUAGAUGGUAAUUUUUCAACAGGGAAUAAAAAAUCACAAUUAUAUGUCAUUUUUGUAAUUGAUGAAUCUGGGAGAGGAAUUCCAGUAGGAUAUUUAUUAUACAAAAAACCUACAAUUCAUAAUGAUGAUCAUGAACUUGAAAUAUUAAAGCAUCUUUUACUAGAAUAUAAAAAUAAAUUAAGUCUUGAGUGUAAAAGAGAAUUUGUUCCAAAGGUCAUUAUCAUUGGAGCAAGUCUAAAGGAACAUCUUGCAGUUUCUUCAGUUUGGGAGCAUACUAAUGCACGAGUUUUAUAUUCUGCUCAUAUAGUACAUCAAUGUUGGUUAGAUAAAUCAAAUCAAUUAUUUGGUACAGAUGAUGAUAAUAUUUAUCAAGAUAAGAAGAAUUUUAUUAAUGAUGAAUUAGGAAAGUUAUUAAAAGGAAUGUCAAGUGAGAAUGAAGUAAAUAGAAUACUAUUUGAUAUUGAACAGUCUGCAAAUUCUGAUAUUAGCACAUAUAGAUCAGAUGUUAAAAAGUUGAUCAUAUUGAAUGGAGCUUUGGAAUUUGUACAAUAUAUUAGAAAUGAUUGGAUGGAUAUAAAUAAAAUGCGAUUUUGGGCUUAUUCUUCUAGAGAAAGUAUUAUUCAUGAAUUAAAAAUACCAACAACUGAUGCUUAUUUGGAAGGUUUUAAAUUACUAUUUAAACCAACUAGAUUUCUAAGAUUUCAACAAAGAGGAAAUGUGCUACGUAUGGAUACACUUUGUGCAAUACUUGCCAAAUACAUUUCUCCAUUAUGCGAGAUGCAAAAUCAAUUAUGGAACUAUAUAAAAGAAACAUUGGAUAAAGAAAAGGAACCAUUGCAGGAAUAUAUUGACGGGAAUAUGUUGGAAGAGGGUCAACUAAGGGAGCUUUUAGCGAGAAAUAUCAACACAAUAGCAUUCCAAGAUAUUAAUAAAUAUGAAGACAUAGAAGCAUCCAGAUUUAUUCAUAACAAUUGUGUUGAUUUUAUUGAAUUUAGUCUUGAUAAAUAUUUAUUUGUCACCAUCAAAACUGGUCAAAAAAAUCUAGAGCAUGUACCUGGCAAUCCUGAUAUGGAUUAUUACGUUGUACAGUUGUUGCCAGAGAUUAAUUGUCAUUGUAUGAGAUAUUUGAUAUGGGGUGGUGCGUGUUCACACAUUAGAGCUGCCAUACACAGUGUAAAUUGGAGAAUCUAUGAUUAG